CCAGCAUGUUCCCAAGCUUGACAUAGGGACUGAUGGUUUGUUGCGUGAUGGGUACUAUAAACGGCCCCUUAAUAACACGAUGUCGAUGACGAACGGAAACACCGACUCUACGCCCGCCGGGCUCGUUGAUCACUCUGCUUACCCGGGCCCUCCUGUGUCGACAACCGUCGUCAAGGACCGCCGGCAGUUACGGGUUCCGCCGGCGCUGAGCCUCCAAAAUCUUAACGGAAUGAGUGAAACCGUCAUCCGCAACAGAAGAUGGGAUGAUCUCGGGGAAAUAGGGGAGUACAGCACCACACUUUCUAGCAGAUUGAGGUGUGGACGGGCCUCACAUUACUUCAUCGUCAAACCCCUAUUAGGUCAUUGAUGGCUGGAGACCUUACACUGUCUUCGCCAUGAUACCCAUGAUACCCCAUGGUACCCACGAUGUCAACGAUGUCCUAGCAUGGACCCAUCUUUGUCCGCUAGGAGGAAGCAUUUAGCUAGAUCCGGAGCGAGGGUAUGUUAGGGGAGGGGAGUUCGGUCCUCGCGCCAGAUGGCGACUCAGUCGACAGUUACCCCGCCAGCGCACGAACCGUCAACGAGACACAGCUUCAACCGGCCUCGCUUCACCUCGCCUGAUCUCUCGCUUCACCUCGACUUGUACAAACUCCACAUUUGACCGAGAUCCGUCUUCUCUGCGUCGUUCAGUUCAGUUCGAUGAGCCAUCGCUGUAAAAUACGACUUUGAUCCACUACAGCCAGAGAGAAAAAAAACACCCUCGGCAUUCUCCAAAAAGCCAUCGACCAACCAGCAAAGAACAAAGACGUCUCGCUUUGAGAGCCAAAUGAAACACCAUGCCCGAAACAGGUCUCCGAAGAAAACGGACGGCAGAAGAUGAAGACGAUGAAGGCCACGAGAGCCUCUUCAAAAGGAGAAGCCGUUUUAACGACACGUCCCACUUCAAGUGGCUCUGGUCACCGCCGUGCCAGCCGCCCUCUUCUCCCUCGUCAUCAUUAUCAUCAUCAUCACAAUCGGCCCUGUGGUCUCAACCCGUCCCGGACGGCAUGUUCCUCACGCGCCACGACGUGCCGCGCUCCUUCUCCGUGCCCCCGGAGCCCUUUCAGGUCAAACGACCCCGUCGCCGGGGCGCCAUCUCGGUGACGUCCUCCGCCGCGCCGAGUGAGAUGGACCGGCACAUGGCGCAGCAGCUCCAGCAGCAGGUCGCCAUCAUCCGCCUCAAGGUCGCAGCCGAGCUUCAUACCGCCUCGGACCAGGGCUGCUGCCAAGAAGAAGACAACGGCAAUGUCGACAGCAACGACGCAGAGAUUGAUCGGAUACGUCGCGAGCUCGAGGCCGUCCAGAUCGACUCCGCCCUGCCGUCUAUCUUGGGCAUCUCGGCCGAAUUCGAGCAGAAGCUCCGCCUUGGCUCGUCCAGUCGCUCGCCUGACACAUCUAGACAUCCAGGUACGUUAACCUUUCAGUAAUGCAAACUCCUUCCAAGAAUAACGAAGGAAAGUGGGAGCCUGAGCUCGUCGGGGCUGAAGGGGAACCCAAGCGUGGCCGAAUACUGAGAGAGGGAGAGAGAGGGGGGGAGAGAAAAGGAAGAGUCAUGCCCCCCCCCCCCCCCCCCCCCCCGUCUGUCAAUCGGACACGAACCAUGCUGGUGCCGUCGAUCAAACACAACGCCAAGUGAACGGGGACAUAGUUCUCUGACAAACGUCGCAUAGACACCGGUUCGCCCGCCGUCUCGGGUUCGACCUCGACGUCCUGCUCCGUGGGCCCUUGUCUCUGGGAGUCGGGCAAAGCGAGGAUCGCCCGAGACGCGAACCAGAACAUAUCUGCUCCCUCGCAUCAUGACGGACAUGCUCUUCGGCAGCAGCAUGUAGGCAGUGGCAGCAACGGUGGUUUGUGGAGGCGGCCUCGAACCUAAACCCAAACUCUCCUUUUUUUUUUGCCCACCAUUUCCGGACCCAACUCACUCACGAGUCUUUCACUGGGUUGCUUCUACUCUCCUAGUCUCUCGCAGAGACAAACAGCACCCCUUUCAGAAUAGGAAGAAGAAAAAAGAAGAAGGAAGGUGACGAGUGAGAAUGUUUGUUUUACAUCGGCGUUCAGUGUAAU